AUGUUGACUUUAACACAAAUGGAUGAAAUAAUAAAACUGACAUAGUAGCAUAUGGUGAAUUGUUAAGUCAAUCAUGAUUUCAAAGAGGCUGAUGAAGUAAAAUCUAAAAUACUUCAAAUGAAAACUAUAAGAGAUCUAAUUGAAAGAGAAGAAAUUUAGGAUUAAUUCAAAUUAGGAGAGGAAAGAAUCCUCCUAUAAACCAAGUCAUAAAUUGAAGAAGUCAAUUAAUAUUUUAAUCAGCUAUUUGAAAAAUUCAAUUAUUAGAAAAGUCAAGCACUUUAAUAAUUAUGGCAUUAAUAAAAAGUAUAAUUAUAAAAGUCUGUCUUUUAUAAAAGAUAGCAAAAUGCUGAAUAUCAAAAUCUAUAAAAAAUAAUGACAUAUUUGUCCAAUCAAAAGGAAUUCAAAAAAGCUGAACUGUAUCAGGUAUAUCUAAAAGAAGCAAGUUAAGAUCAUAUGAGAAGAACUCAAUCCGAAUAGAGGUAAACUCAAGAAACGCAAUAAAGAGUACUUAAAUAAAAACAUGCACAUUAAGAAGAAGUUCUGAUUAAUAAAUUCAAUGAUCAAGAAUAAUUAAUAAAAUUAGAAAUGAAUAAAAAAUUAUAAGAAAUCGAACAAAAAAGAAUCAAUUAAAUAUCUUAAUUGUAAUUUGAGAGAAAUCAGAAAAUCAGCCAACUUGAAAGAGGCAGAACUAAAUCUAUAAAAGUUUAAAUCUAAUAAUAAUUAGAUGAAAUGGAAAAAUGUUCCUUCCUCUUUAAAUGA